CGAAGCUCCUCUAUUGAGCCGUUGACGAGAGAGUGUAUAGUAGCGAGCGACGUAGCGGACGUUGCGAGAAGUACACGGGACGGGUUAAAAAAGGGACGGGAGAAUGUGAAAGAUUACCUUGUUUGAUCUGAUCAAAUGCCGCGACGAUGAUCAAACUUAAUUAUUGUCAAUAUAAACGUUUUCCAUUUAUUCUCCAUUUCAAUUAUUCGUCUUCGACCCGACCGUCAUCUAACCUCAAAUCCCAUACUCCGGACAGAAAAAAUGUUGAUAUGAUCGGACCUCCGGAUCCUGUUUCUAAUCUACGACCAAUUAUUUUUGCUAAAAAUGAGAACGAGACUGAUCUCGAAAAACAGUACAGAAAAGCUCGAGAAGCUACUCAGGCAUGGAAUCAAAAGUUUUGGGCAGAACACAAUAGAAAUUUCAUAACAGAACGAAAAUUGUUCCUAGAAGCUUUAAAGCAAAAAACUGGUAAGGAUUCUGUUACAGCGGAUGAAAUGUCUGUUUUUUAUAAAGAUUUUUUGGACAAAAAUUGGAAAAAUCAUUUUAACUACAACAUUUCAUGGUAUAAACAGAAUUUUAAAAUACUCAUUCUCGAAUUUCGAGUAAUGUUAUCCAAAAUAAAAUUUAAAUGAUUUUUGUCAUUUUAGCAAAGAUUUUUAUUUAUAAUUUACAAGUUAAACUGUUGUAAGUAUUAUCUAAUUACAAUUUCAAGAUGUAUCAUAUUGUAAAUAUUAAUUAAAGUAUUUAUUUUCCACUUUUC